AUGCAACAGACAUCACAAAAGAAACUUAAAACUCGUAAGUCAAUAUCGCAGAUCCCAAUCUUUUCCCGUCUUGAUUUGGUGCAGGAACAACACCCCAUCUCCCUCGUGUACGAGGACAAACGCUGGCAGAAGACCAUUCGCUACUUCCUCACCCGCCACGGCCAGCACAUCACUUCCCUCCACCUCAUCUUCACAGACGUCCAGCAGCUCCCCUCCCUCCACCGCUUGAUCGUUCGCUGCAGCCCCGCCCUCUCCUCCUUCAGCAUCAAGCUGCGCGGGUCUGUAGACAGCGACGAGGAGCAGGAGUACAAGGACUGGACUCUCAGCUUCCUCAAAAACUGCUCGCACCUGCAGCACCUGAAGCUGGGCCGAGGCAUGUGGAACCUCGAUAAGAGCUACACCAACCACGUCAGCUUUAAGUACCUGGAUUCCAUCACACCGCAGCUGCACGAGUUCACGCUCUACCAGCACUGGCACCUCUCGCGCGGGCCCAUGUUUGGCACGCACGAGAUGAAAUUCUCCUUCCCCAACGCCCGCCUCCUCCGCUUCCGCUUUGCCAGCAACGAGCUCAAGCUCACACUCACCGUCUCCAAGGCUCUCAAGACUCUCUCAGUGAUGGCCAAGUGGCUCGUCCUCUCCUGCAAGAGCACCACCCCUCUCGCUCUCGACCACCUCUCGCUGUACGGCCAGGGGCGGCUCGUCAUCUGCUCCCUCCGCGUCGCAUCCGCGCGAGCCGUGUACCUCAACGGCCCUGCAGCCGACAAGGGCAGCAGUCGUCCCAGGAUGUCCUACCAGCUGCCGCCUUCCUUCCAGCACGCUCCCCGCGGCGUUUCCAGCUUCUCCUGGACCAAAUGGUUGCGCUCUAUAGCGGGAAGCGUGGAGGUGCUUAUAGUGAGGCAUGGGAUUCCGAUCGAGGAGGUGGGGUCGGUGUGGAGGAGGCUUCGUAGCCUUGGGAUUGUCAUGCAUGCGAAGGGGGAGCAUAAUAAGGAGUGGGAGGCGACGGUGGAGAAUCACAAGGCGUUCACGGAUGAUGGGGAGUAUGAUGAUGAUCUGGAUGAAGAUGGCUUCGGUUGUGAUUUUGAUGAGGAUGAGGACGAUUCUUAUGAGGAUGAGGAUGAGGACGAGGAGGAUGAGGAUGAGGAUGAGUAUGGAUAUGGGGGGAGGGGUUAUGGUGGAAGGGCUUUUGGUGUAAGGGCUUUUGGUGUAAGGGCUUUUGGUGGAAGGGCUUUUGGUGGAAGAGGGGGAAAAGGCCGCAAGUCUGCGCAUAAGAAGAAGAAAGAGAAGGUCUGUGCCAAGCCGCCUUCCAUCGGCGCUCCGAAUCUGCGGUUCCUCUUCUUCCCAUCCAGCAAGGCGUGUGACGCCGCCACACUGGCUGCACUGCGGCAGGACUACCCCGCCCUGGCGCUCUACUGUGUGGUGGACCGCUCCUUCUAUUGGGAAAGAAAAGGCGCGCGCAUCAGGAAUGGGCCACUAGAGCAUCGGAGGCGGGCCAAGAGUGGGGUGCUGCGGGAGGAGUUUGACGAGGAGAAGAAGCCGAAGAAUGUGCGUGAGAAGAUGUAUAGUGUGAACAGGAAGUUGGUGGAGGGGUACAGUGUUGAGGAGGACGAGGCGCAUAUGUUCAAGUACAAAGGACGGUUCUAG